CAAAAGCUUGCAGCGAUGGCGAGUGUCGUUUCUUGGCUCAUUACAGGUGCUUCUCGCGGCCUCGGACUGGAGCUCGCGCGCCAGCUAGCUUCCACAUCCAACAACAUUGUGCUUGCUGCGUGUCGGAACCCCUCCUCCGCGUCUCACCUGCAUGCGUUGAAGCCCGCGGAAGGCGCGGAGCUGCACAUCGUGCAACUCGACGUGAGCAGCGAGGAAAGCAUCCGCACGAGCGUCGCAACGGUGGAAGCAGUGCUGAACGGCCGCGGUCUCGACUACCUCUACAAUAACGCCGGUAUCUGCCCGCGCGACGACGCUUUUGACUUUUCUUACGACGAGCUCCUGGCCUCGCUCCAGACGAACGUCGCCGCGCCCGCACUACUUGGGCAGCUCUACGCCCCGCUCCUCGAGAAGGGCACAAGGAGGACGAUCGUGAACGUCAGUUCUGCAUUGGGGAGAUUUUCGAGGGACAGCGGCGCCGCGGUGGCGACAUACAGCGUGAGCAAGACCGCGGUCAAUAUGCUGACGUUCAAGCAAGCGAAGGCCCGCCCGGACUUCAUUGUCAUCGCGCUGGCCCCUGGAUGGGUGAAGACAGAUAUGGGCGGGGCGGAAGCCGGGCUGGAGCCAUCGCAGAGCGUCGCGGGUCAGUUAAGGGUCGUGCUAGCGCUCAGGAAGCAAGAUUCGGGGAAGUUCUUGUCGUAUGACGGACAAGAACUGCCGUGGUGAACGUGGUGUGAAUGUAGUAUACAGUCAUGGACAGUGCCCUGGUACAGGGCGUCAUCGAAAGUGGCCCUUGGGUAUCUUUCGCACUCACACCCACCGACGCCAAUUUCUCGACGAGCAGUGAGCGUCUUGGUUGUUGUCGAUCUGCUGGCUGUUAUGUACGCC